AUGACGCCAAUUAACGUCUCCGAAGUGCGCGCGUUCCUCGGCAUGGUGGGCUACUACCGCCACUUCAUCGCCAACUUCUCCCGAACGGCGAAGCCCCUGCAUCAUCUGACCAAGCUCGGCACAGCGUUUGAAUGGAGUCCCGAACAAGCGCGCGCGUUCGCCACUCUCAAGAAGGCGCUCUGCACCGCCCCCAUUCUCGUGCGGCCGGACCCGACGAAGCCAUUCAUUGUCUACACCGACUACAGCACCGACGGAAUCGGCGCCGCUCUCAGCCAACUAGACGGGGACGGGAAAGAGCACCCGGUCGCAUUCGCCUCGCGCUCCCUUCACGGCGCUGAGGUUAACUAUUCCACCACCGAUGGCGAACUUUUGGCAAUGGUGUGGGCCAUCACCGUCAAAUUUCGUCCUUACCUCUAUGGCGGGCCCACCUUUACCUGCCGGGUGGACCACAACCCGCUGGUGUAUCUUCACCAACAACGCAACCUUACCGGGCGGUUGGCGCGCUGGCACAUGAAGCUGAUGGAGUACAACUUUACCGUUGUGCACCGCGCCGGACGCAUUCACAGCAACGUGGACCCGCUAAGCCGGCACCCCCAUGACGACCCCCCGCCGACGGACUGGGAUGACCUCCCCGCUUACGCCAGCUUCCCCACCGGCGAGCUGCCGCACACGGAGGCCCCCACCGUCCUCACAAUCGAACGGUCGCGCCGACGCGCGCCCGCGCCCCCACCAUUCGAACACCGCGAGUGUUUCGACUGUGCGCGACCCGGACACUUCUACCAGGAGUGCCCAACGCGCGCGCGCAAGCUCCAAACGGAGGCCGCUUUGCCGGAGGUCAAUAUGAUUCUGGCAGACGGUUUUGCCCCCGACUGGCUCCCCUCAUUCGAAACGUCUUGCGCCGCACCACCUCUGCCGGAGUGGGAACCCGAUGUCGUCCCGCUCGACGUUUUCUCCACGUACCAACCCCACUUUGGCGGCGAACUGGUGGAAGCUGCCCCGACGGUCAACUACUGCGAGCCCAGGGACAGAGGUGUACCCACCAUACGCUAUGAGGACUGGGCCCGGCAGCACCCCGCCGUUCCAUACGGCGAGAAGGACCGAUUACCGGAACCAGCCGGCGCGUUACACGGAGCUGUGGCAGUCCCCUACCGACUUUGGGCCGCCCAGCACCCAGACUUUGCGCUACAAACGCGCGCGGUGACAGCAUCAAAAGAACCAACGCUGGCGGCCGCGACUUCGAAGCACACCACAGACUUACCGGAAGCCCUACCGAAGGCGCUGGCGGCCGCGACUUCGGAGCCUGCGGCGACAGAGCAACCGGACCCGGACGGAGAAACGGAGGCGUGCUUGGUGCUGGCAGCCCCCGCGGCGGACGCACAGCCGCAGAAGGGAAGCGCCUCGGACGAACCUCCCUUGGAGCGGCCCCCAGCGACUGUCAACCUUGGAGAAAAGCGCAAUCUAACGGAGACUGAAGGCGACCAAACGGAGCUCCCGACUAAGCGCCUGGCGUUGGAGGACCGGACCGCCCUCGUCAUGACGUCACCACCGGAGGCUGGACCCCCGGACAGCGCCGAUCUCUCCCCGACGCUGACGUCAGCACCCCUCCUACCAACGAAGCUGGACCCGGAUCUGAGGCUAGACGAGGUGAAGCUGCUAGACGCGCAGCUUGGCUGGGACAUUUUCGAAAUAUGUCAAGCUCACGAAGAGGCCAAGAAGCUGCCGCCAGCACCCCCAACCUUCCCAGACCUAGACGCACUAACGGAGGCCAGAAUGGUCGACUGGAGUCGAGCCGCGAAGUUUCACCGAAAUGGAGGGGACGACAGCCUGGUGAGAGCGGCGACUCUCACCGAGCGAGUGGCGCUCACGCUAGUUCAACAAGACCCCAACCUCACGGCGGCCGACGCACUUCAACGAGUGAAGACCACUGUUCAGCACCUUCGGCAGGGCCUACAGCAGGAGAUCGAACUCUCGAAGAACGUACCGCCGGAACCAACGGAAGCUGCCAUCCCCCCUUUGCCGGCGCCCGAACUCGACAACCCACCCCCCUUCGACCUGUCGAGCUUCCCAACUCCAGACCUGAUGGAGUACGUCAUCGGAGACAUUGACGUGGCGUACUACCUCAAAACCGGCUACCUUCCCUCCUUCCACAGCGAGUCAGUAACCCGAAGGAAGGACCUCCGACGCCAAAUCCGCGACCGAUCCAAAAUGUACCAUCAGGAGGGCGAACGGCUUUAUUGCCUGGCUUCCCCGAAGGCGCAACCCAACCAAGCGCCGCCCCCGGACACCAUUCGAAGGCCCGUCCUGACGAAGGCAGAAGCGGAGUCGGUUAUGUACCACCUGCAUAACCAAAACGGCCACCCUAACGACAAACAGACCCGCAAGCUGAUCACCGACCGCUUCUACUGGCACGGAAUGGGCAAGGACAUCACGGACCACGUGGUCACGUGCCCGCUGUGCCAGCUGGCGAACCAACCCACCACGGAGCGCUCGGACAAUCGGACCUUGGUGCCCACCGAGACGGACCUCCCCUGGGAAAAGGUGGGCCUGGAUCUGCUGGGCCCCUUUCCUCCCACGAAGGAAGGCUACCGAUACGUGGCGCUCCUAGAGGACUACCACACGCAUUACGUCCUUGGCGGCCUUCUGCGCUCGGAAUGA